AUGUCACAGUUUAGUCAAAGUCAAGUCAUUGACAUUAUUUCAAGAGCACGCAAGAGUGAAGGAAGAUUUACUCAAGGUGAAAAAGAGAUUAAAAAAAAUGAAAGUCCAAAAGAAGGAGUUACUAUUGAUCCAGAAAGAAUUAAUAGUGAAGAGUUAAGAGUAAAAAAUUUAAUGGAUAAAUUUAAAACGACUGAUGAAAAUGUACAAAGCAUUGUUGACGAACAAAAUAAGUUAAGGUCAAUUAUGAGUAAAGCUUUUCAUGGUGAAAAUUAUGAAAUUGUAUUUAAUAUGACAAAUAUUGACUAUAUGGAAGAAUUUGAUGGACAAUGGGAGUGUUGUGUUUCUAUCAAAGUCUCUUUAAAAAAUACCAAGACUGGUGUUGUUCAUGAGAAUGUUGGAUCUGCUUCAAGUAAAGGAGAAGAACAAGAGACUGUAUUAAAAGACUGUGAGAAAAUGGCUAAAAUUAAUGGGUUAUAUCGUUCACUACAAUUAUUUGGAAUUUCUACAACUGACUUUUAUCAACAAUAUCGUAGUUUAUUAUUAGAUAACCAAACCAAUUAA